AUGGCAGACCCUCUCAACGACAAUCUAACGCGAGUGCUCGCUGGCUCCUCGGACCGAUAUGUGGCCUCCCUUUUUGCGGAGUAUGCCGAAAACCAGAGCUCUGGUAGUGGCUUCAUUGCCCCCAAAAAGCGUGUCAAGAAAGGCGCGUUCCGAACUGUUGCCCAGCGCCACAAGGAGCAAUUGUCGGGCCUGAUGGGCCAGUUGCAAGCUACGCAACCCCAUUUCGUGCGGUGCAUUGUUCCCAACAGCAACAAGAAGCCUGGACGUCUCGAUGUCCCUCUAGUUUUGGACCAACUUCGAUGCAAUGGUGUGCUGGAGGGAAUCCGGAUAGCUCGACGAGGAUAUCCCAAUCGACUACCAUUUGUCGAGUUCCGUCAGCGCUACGAAGUACUCACGCCAGGAAUCAUUCCUCGAGGCUACAUGGAUGGCCGCGAAGCUUGCCGCAGAAUGGUCAAAUCCCUGGAGCUAGACGAGGCCAUCUUCAAGAUCGGCACGUCGAAAAUCUUCUUCAAGGCGGGUGUCUUGGCUGAACUGGAGGAGCGCAGAGACGCGUUGUUAUUCGAGAUCUUCUCACGCUUGCAGUCUGCUGCCAGGAUGUGGACAGCUCGAAGACAGAUGAGGAAGAUCCUGAACCGUGCUGGAGCGAUCCGAGCGAUCCAGCGCAAUGCUCGUGUCUACGGUGAGCUCAGAGAAUGGCCAUGGUGGCAACUGUACACCAAGGUUCGACCGCUUUUGGCUGCGACGAGGAACGACGAGGAGAUUCGUAAGAAAGAUGCUGAACUUAUGGCUCUUGCUGAACGCGCCGAACGUGAAAAGCAAGAGCGAGAGGUUCUAGAGACUCUCAAAGCUUCUCUUGAAGCUGAGAAGCGGAAGGUCGAAGAAGAACUGGAGGCUGAACGGGGUCUUGCAAUCGACAAGGACGCUCUACUGGACCGCAGCAAGAAACGCGAAAGCGACCUCGAGCAGGAAGUCGUGACUCUUCAAGCGGACCUUGAGCAGGUCGAAUCUCAGCUAGAUCGUGCGAUGGCUUUACAAAAAGAGACAGACGACAAGCACGAGCAGUUGCGGAUCAGCUUUGACAAAGCUGCAGAACAUCUCGUCCGAUUGGAGGCUGAGCAGAAGGAGUCAACUGCAUUGGAAGCCGACUUGAAUGGACAGCUACUUGAUUCUCAGCAGGAAGCGGAAACCUUGCGUGGCAACAUCGACGAACUGCACAAGAUCGGAGAAGAGCUCAAGAAUCUGAAUUGGAUGCUAAAACUGGUUGCACAAUCCAAUGACGCGGAAACCAUCCGCCGCAAGGCUGAGCAGCUGGAUGAGAGCCACAGAGCUGCUGAGCAGCAAAUCGCAGAGAUGACCAGGACAGUCUCUGACCAGUCGGCAGCAAUCAGGGAGAAGGAAGCCCAACUGCAGAAGCUGGCCAAAGAUAUCGACGGAAAGGGCGAUCGGGAGAACGAGACGGCGACGCGACUGAAACUUGAAGAGCUGCUGGUGACCCAGAAACAAAUCAAGACAGAACUGGACCAAACGCUGCGCGAGCAUUCCAUCUUGCAAGAAACGCACAAGUCUGUCGAGAGAGAGGCGCGUGACUUACAGUCUCAGCUGGCUAGGACUCAAGCUCAACUGUCCGAGCUGGACAAGGUCAAGCGGGCUCUGGAGUCGGACUUGGUGUCAGCUGUCACGCGCCACAGCGAAGCGGAAGGGAAGGCUACCCAAGAACGCGAGGGUCGGGAGCGAGCGGAGCGCCAAUUGACCGUGGCUCAGAGCAAAUAUCAUGAGAUCGAAGAUGUCAUGCUCCAAAUGGAGCGUGACAAAGGUGCGACUGACCGACAACUGGAGUCUCUGCGCAAGCAGCUCGAGGCAGAAUCGGCCAAGCGUGCCAAGCUGGAGAAAGCUGCCGCGAGUCAUCAUCAGGAGGUUACCCAGCUCAAAGAGAAAAACGGACAACUUGAUGGGGAAUUGGGCAAGGCGCUCAAUCAUGUCAAAGCGCUCGAGACAGAGGCCAAGCAGUUCGAGAGCAAGCACCAUACGACGAUCGUGGAGCACGUGCAUGUUCUCGAGGAAGCCAAGCGCGUGACGGAUCGGGAGCUGGCCGACGCGAAAGCGGAAGUCGAGCGAAACAAGGCAUAUAUCAAAUCACUCGAGAAAGCCAAACAACGCCUGACUGGCGAGACGGAGGAUCUGAUACGAGAGACAGAGCGGGAACGGAUCGAGCUGCAGACGAAGGAGCGUACUGUCCGAGCUCAGGAGGAGAAGAUGAGCAAGGCCCUCGCCAAUGCUGAUCGCGAUCGCAAAGACAAGGAUGCGGCCGAACUACAAGCCCGCCGGCUCCAAAUUGAUCUCCAAAGCAUGCAGCGACAGAUAGACGACCUCACGACCCAGUUGAACGAGCACCGACAGUCGCGGAGCAAGUUGGAUUCAGAUCUCGACCAAUUGAUCGACGGAUCAGGCGGGCCCCAGAUCUCUAUGGCCCGUCGCGUCGCCCAACUCGAAGGGCAGAUCGUGAACGCUGGUGAUUGGCGGAAGCAGAAGGAUCAGAUGCAGGCCAAGCUGGAGGACGUGACGCGGGCCUUCGAGGCAUCCAAAGCUGCACAAACAGAGCAGCGGUCACAGAUUCAGACGCUGCAUUCACAAGUUCGGGAGCUGCGUGGUGUGCUGGACGAUGCCGAGGCCGACCGCAUGCUUCUACAGAAAGCGCGCCGGGCUCUGCAGGCGGAACUAGAGACCAUCAAGCACGAACAUGUUGAUGCGAGUCCGGGUCUGAUUCCGAAUGACCGGGAGUUCCAUCGCCUACAACUCAAACAACUGGACCUCGAACGAGCUUUGGAGGAGCAAGAGUAUCGCGCGACCACGUGCCUUGAUCGGAUGCGCAAAGCCGAGAAGUUCGCCAGCGAGUGCGAGAUUGAACUGGGCAAGGUUCAGGUUGAAAAAUCUGAGCUUGACCGGUUGAAUGCCAAUCUGGAGCUCCAGUCGAAACAGCUGAAUGCGCGCAUAGCCGAGUUGGAGAACAAGCCCACCACGUCGACUCGACCUGCUGCGCGGAGAGAAAGUCGGAUCGAGGAGCUAGCGGCUCAGCUCCAGACUAGCGGCAAACGCUGGUGA